AUGUUUACAUUUCCAUGUUUUAGAGAUAAAAAAUGGAUGAAACAAAAUGGAACAAAUAUGAAAUAUCCAGACGAAUUUUUUAAUGUACAAUUUCGUCCAGAUUUUUUAAGAUAUUAUGAACAUACAAUUAAUUUUGAAGAAAAGGUUAAGCAUGUAAUAGAUCAAAUAAAAUCUGCAUUAUUUCGGCAAGCUAUAUAUAAAAUACAAAAUAUUGAAGUAAUGGCUAUGAAUGAAUGCAAAGAAGAUAGAGUUUUAGAAAAAAUAAAGAAAAUUAAAGGUUAUGAAAAUUUUAAAAUAUCUAAUAGUAAAAUUUUAUGUGAUGAAAUUUGGACAAUAAAAAGAUGUAAUAAAAAAAUUUCUUAUUGGGUACGUUAUUAUGAACAGGAUAAAAAUGGUUAUUCAUUAUCAAUUAUGCCAACUCAAAUAAAAAAUAUUUUUUAUUUUUUUAAAUAUUAUUAUUUUUAA